CUCGCCCAAUCAGCGCGCGGCUCCGUUGUGUGCCUUGCUUUUUGAAUUGAGCUCUAACAGUAGGCUGACACCUUCUCUGGAUUAAUAUGAAGUAGUUAGCUGUCAACAAACCAAAGUAGCCACAUCUCGAAUAUUUGGACUAUUUUCACGCUUUGGAGGGAAAUAUGCAUUGAUACCAGACAAAGACUUGAGCGAUGUUAAGCAUUUUUUGAAGAGUGUUUUGGACCGACGAGGAAUUCCCAGGAAUCCGACAUUGUAUUUGUUAAAUUGCUAGCUCGGUAGCUAGCUAAGUUAGCCAGUGAGCGAAUUAAAUUUAACUGGUCCCGUUCCCAGUUUAGCUCUGGAUCCACUGUCUGAUAUAUUCUUUAGUUUAAGGUAGCAGUCACCGAAGGAGUCGGGAGGCACCAAACUGUCCAAACUAAGUUCCAGCCAUGGCUGACAGCAGCAUACUGACUUUAGGGACGGCUCGGAGUCUGUUGGUGGAUUCUUCGGUCUGUGAUUCCAGGAUCGCCGAAACCACCAAGGACCAUGUAUUUCUGGGCAUGGGAUGUGACGAUGAAGAUAUGCUGCCAAAAGUUGAGACGAGAGUUGUUCUGGUGGGAGACGCAGGAAGAAAUGGAGCGCUGGUGAAAGCACUGCAGGCCAUCAGAGUAAUGGAGGUACCGGUGGUAAAGAUAAGAGAAGGCGAGGCGGGUGCCGAGGAGAAAAUGAUGAUAAAAUCUAUAGUCAAUAUGGACAUCAACACUCCAUGCAUAAUAACAGACAACGUCCAGGAGUUUGGAGAUGGAGAGAACACCGAGUUCGAGACGGUGUUCGUCCUCACAAACUUUGACUCUCCUGACUACAGCUACCUCUACAAGCGGGACAACCGCAUCAUUGGACCUCCUGUUGUGCUACACUGUGCUGCCAAGGAGGAGCCUCUACAGUUUUCAUGUCGUCCUCUGUACUCCACCACAAUGCUGAACCUGUCGCUGUGCUUCACCGGCUUCAGAGACAAAGACGAAAUGAAAAACCUGGUGAAUCUGGUUCAUCACAUGGGAGGGACCAUCCGGAAAGACUUCAGCACCAAGGUUACUCAUCUCAUCGCCUACUCAACUCAUGGAGAGAAAUACAGGCUGGCAGUGUGCAUGGGGACGCCCAUCCUCACUCCAGCGUGGAUUCACAAAUCCUGGGAGAGGAGAGAUGACGUGUCCUUCCACGCUGGAGAAGAGGAGUUUCGGACGGAGUACAAAGUGCCUCCGUUCCAGGACUGCAUCCUCAGCUUUUUAGGUUUCUCAGACGAAGAGAAGACCAACAUGGAGGAGAGGACUCUUAAACACGGUGGCAAGUAUCUUGAGGUUGGAGAUGAGAGGUGUACACACAUGGUGGUGGAGGAAAACUCAGUAAAGGAGCUGCCAUUUCUCCCCGCCAAGAAACUCUUUGCAGUCAAACAGGAGUGGUUCUGGGGAAGCAUUCAGAUGGACGCCCGGGCCGGAGAGUCUAUGUACCUCUACGAGAAGAAUGACAGCCCAGCCAUGAAGAAGGCGGUGUCCCUGCUGUCCCUCACCACCCCCAACAGCAACCGUAAGCGUCGACGUCUGAGGGACACGCUGGCUCAGCUCACCAAGGAGACGGAGAUCUCCCCCUUCCCUCCACCACGCAAAAGGCCCUCAGCAGAACACAACCUGUCCAUGGCUUCACUGCUGGACAUCUCCAACACCCCUGACACAUGCAAGGCCUUGGCAGUAGAUAGAGUAGGGAACAGAGCAGGGAGCAAAGCAGACGAUACUGUGGCCAGGAAUAGGGUGAGGAGGAGGAGCAGGAGAACCAGGGAAAGGACAAAGACAAGGGAGGACAGGGAAGAGAGGAGGAGAAGGUCCUAUCUGAGCAUCAUUCAACAAGCAGAGGAGCAGCGGCAGCAGCCAGGAACCUCUGCAGAGAGUUCGAAGCCGUCCAAGAGUUCGACUCCGGUUCUGUCCAAGCAGUCAGCCAGGUGGCAGGUCUCCAAGGAACUCUACCAGACGGAAAGCAACUAUGUCGACAUUUUAAGCACCAUCCUACAGCUCUUCAAGCUUCCAUUGGAAAAAGAGGGGCAGGUGGGAGGACCAAUCCUGGCCCAAGAAGAAAUGAAGACGAUAUUUGGCUGCAUCCCAGACAUCCACGAGGUUCACACCAGGAUAAAGACUGACCUGGAGGAGCUCCUGACAGACUGGUCAGAGGACAAGAGCGUAGGAAACGUCAUUCUCAAAUACUCUAAAGAGUUGGUGAAGGCCUACCCACCUUUCGUCAACUUCUUUGAAAUGAGCAAGGAGACUAUUGUUCGGUGUGAGAAGCAGAAACCACGCUUCCACGCUUUUCUCAAGAUUAACCAAGCCAAGCCGGAGUGCGGCAGGCAGACCCUGGUGGAGCUGCUCAUCAGACCUGUGCAGAGGUUGCCCAGCGUGGCCCUUCUUCUAAACGACAUAAAGAAGCAUACGUCCGAUGACAACCCAGACAAGAUAACACUGGAGAAAGCAAUUGAGUCUCUGAAAGAAGUGAUGACACACAUCAAUGAGGACAAGAGGAAGACUGAAGGCCAGAAGCAGAUCUUUGAUGUUGUUUAUGAAGUCGAUGGCUGUCCAGCCAACUUGCUGUCCUCCCAUCGCAGUCUGGUUCACCGCGUAGAAACCAUCGCCCUGGGAGACCAGCCAUGUGACCGAGGAGAAAAUGUCACACUCUUCCUCUUCAACGACUGCCUUGAGAUUGCAAGGAAGCGACACAAGGUGAUCAACACAUUUAAGAGUCCUCUGGGACAGACGAGACCACCGCCACCGCUCAAACACAUCACACUGAUGCCGCUGUCCCAGAUUCGAAGAGUUCUGGACCUGCAGGACACUGAGGAGUGUGUGAAUGCAUUCGCCUUGGUGGUUCGCCCUCCAACCGAACAGGAGAACUUGUUGUUCAGCUUCCAACUGACCGGAGAGGAGACGGUUAAAAGCUCCUGGCUGCGAACACUUUGCCGCCACGUCGCCAACACCAUCUGCAGGGCUGAUGCGGAGGACCUGAUUCAGUGUACUGACCCGGACUCACUGCAGGUCAGCACCAAGGAUAUGGACAGCACGCUGAGCAAAGCCUCCCGGGCCAUCAAGAAGACCUCUAAAAAGGUCACAAGGGCUUUUUCUUUCACCAAGACCCCAAAGCGUGUGAUCCAGAGGGCGUUCAUGGCCAACGGUACCCCCGAUGAGAAAGACCAGAGGCUGAGUUGUGAAAACCACAACUGCAGCAGCGCCACACUGGCCAUGUCUCGCUCUGCCUCCACGUUCAGUUUGAAUGAUUCUGCCAAGAGCAGUGCCGUGGUGCAGCGCUCUAACUCUCUGGAUCAUCCUCCUGUCAGAGCCAGGGUCCCUGUCUGUAUGCGUACCCCCUGCAGCCCGACCCCAAUCCCUGCCAAUAGCCCAGGCCCCAAACCUGCCCCUGAGUCCAGCCGAAGCCUCUGCCCAAACUAUAGCGCCCGAGAACGCAAGUCACUCCUUCAUGGUCCAAUACCGACUCAACCAGCACAACCUCAGUCAAGCAUCAACACGUCUGUGCAGGGCACCUCUGCAACCCAUCCCAAUUCCAUUCCAGCUGUCCGAAACUCCAGAAUCUCCCAGCCUAGAUCUAGCCAGCAUGUUUCCAGACACCUCCCCCAUGUAGGGUCCCAGCAGAAGUCCCUGGCUCCUCAGGCAGUUAAUGUCAAAGGCAGGACCUUUUCUGAGUCGUGCAGGGAUCGUCAAGUCCCCCUGGACCCACGCAAGGCUGUCCUGACCAGUCCCCGCAGGGAGACUCUGCUCUAAACCAGCGCUAAGCUCAGUGCGGGAGUCUGAUGCACACCAUUCCCCCUCCAUGGUCAACCUGUCCUCCAUGUUUGAGAGGAAGUACCACACAUUCAGCCGUUCGACCACCCACCUCUUCUGAGACGCCACCUGCCUCAGGAGCACCAGCAGGGGUCGACCCACCUCUUCACCUCCUUUGCCUUAACUGCGACUAACAGCGAGAUCCGGGCGGACAGGUGUGCGUGUAUAAAGCUGAAACUACCUGUUAAGUAUGGCAAACUAGAAUUUGUCCAUGCUGGAACUCUGUACAGACUUAGUUUUUUCCAAAAUCCAGAUGUUUGUUGGGGACAUGCUUCAGUCUGAUAUGUGGCAGUGUCAGAUCUGUCCAGCGGCUGUUCCGAGCGCUUCCUCACUGAAACUUGGACCAAGUAAAAAAAAUAAAGAACCAGCUGAAAAUGUUUGUGCAGGACAAACGUGUCUGUCUCGACCUGACGAGGCAGUUUGGUGCAUCUGUCCGAACAUUCAUCGCUGGAAUCUACAGUGUGUCACGAGGAGCUGACUGGAAUGGUACUGCACCAUGCUCGGGGCUGCAGGUGUGUGUUAGCGCUGGUUCUGAUGAGGUCCGCCUGACCCGUUAAAAAAAAAAAAACACACAAAAAAAAAAAUGAAGGAUGCUGUGCUUUUUCUUUUGCAUUUGUUAUUAGAUUUUCUUGACCGUUUUUGUUGAUUACUUGAACAGACUCUUGUUACAUUUUGAUCGCAUGUUGUCCGGUCAGCUUCCUGGUUGGCGGCAGCGUUCGGCGAAGUAUCAACACUAAUUACAGACCAAGUGAAUAUCAUGCGUUUCCUCUGGUUUCAACAGGGACUUGCUGUCUCCAGACGUCCCCGGAUGAUAGUUUUAUUUCUCUGUUCUUUGGGAAAGUUAAAUAACAUUGAACUUUGGAUGCUGAGGUUGUUAAGCUCUUUGUUGGUUUUAUCGACUAGUUUAAGUAACAAGGUUGAGCUCUCUGCCCUUUACUGCAUUGUUGCUUUUUUAACGUGCUCAGUGAGAGACCCUUUAUAUUAACUGACAUUUAAUGUUGUUUUAUUGUAGUGGAGUAGGCUCGAUUCUACAUGAUGAUAUAACAAUAAUAAUAAUAAUAAUAAUAUUACUUACUGUAAUUAACCAGCCUUUAAAAUGUAAACUUAUGAUAGCUUCCAGCUUUUAUAAAGCUCCUAUUUGAACAUUUAAGAGAUUUGGUUUUGAAGAAUAAACGCACUUCUGCUCUUCUUCUGUCGGCCCGUCCACGUUUUAAAAGUCUUCUUACAGUGUGUCUGUGUAUGUUUAAGAAGGGAUGCUGCAUCAGUGUACAUAUUUAUUCCCAAGCAAUAACUUUUGUACCCACUUUUCUUUGUUCUCUUUCUAUUUAUGUUUUUUUUUUGUUCAACUUUCAUGUCUGUCAGUUCUCUAAUGCUGUUUUCACUGAGCUUCAAUCCCCUCCGGUUGUUUCAUCUCUGUAUUAAAUGCACUUAAACACCUAAA